AUGGAGGGUCACGUAUUGAGGAGAAAGCGGCGGAAUUCAAGCCUUCGGCUAACCUCGCUAAAACGAAAGAAAACAAAAGAGCAGAUCGACAACAAGACUUCAGGUCAAUGUCAUGGUCCAAGCUUCCAAGACAACAAACAAGGCUUCAGUGACAACCACAAUCAGAACAAAGCCAGCCUUGCAGAUUCGCGAACCUUGCUUCACCACGGGACUUUCCUCAAGGCUGACCUGCUGACGGGCGACAGGAAUUCACUUUCUGUUCUGCCGCCUGUGAAGCAGAGCGCUCCUGAAGAAACAAUCCACACCCUUACCGGCGCCAACGACUAUAGUCUAGCCUAUCUUGAGUUCUCAAAAUUGAAUAUCGAGGCAGCACCGAAAACAUCACCUCCACCGCCUUGCUCUUUCUCUUCCCCUCCCACCUUGCAAACUUUUGCAACACCACCACCACCUCCGCUCAACAACGACACAACAACCCCCACGGUGGCAUUGCCUGCCUCCUCACCACCUAGCUUACUCUUGAAUUGCACUACCUCCUCCACUUCCCUCUCACCCUCCUCAACACCUACACACAAACCCAAACGUCCCCCCAUAAUCACCUCCAAGAUGUCCCGCCGCGUCGCCAACCUGAACCUGCCCACAGGCAAAGGAGGCGCCCCGACCGCAGUCCCUCAAUUCCUCUCCGUCGAAACAAACCUCAGUACCGACAGCACCGACUCGCAAGGCUCAGUACGCACACAGGUCCCUGGCUCGUACCACCAGCAAUCGCAGCAGCGAGCUAUGCAGGAGGAGCAAUGGUACGGCCAGAUCGAUAAUGGUGCCUUGCCGUUUGCGACUCCUGAUUUGAAUAGCAGUUCGACUUUCAUGAGUGCUGUUCCAGGAGCGAGUAAGGGCUUGAAUCCCAACUCGCAGCCUUUUGCUCCGCCGGUGGGUGGUGAGGGGUACGCCUCACCUUCGUUGGGGUUUGUUGCGGGUACGCAGAAGCCUGCUUCUUCGUAUGGGGGGUCUGUCAACAAUGGGUAUUCUACUCAGCUCAAGACUGCUCAAUCGUUUUAUGGCAACUACGUUCCUCCCCAGAAGCAAAUGUCUGACUAUGGAAUGGCUGUUCAGAACGGACAUGGUGGGUACGAUCGGAGAGGAUCGAUGGGUGGGUAUCAGUCGCAGAACGGUGGUUUCCCUGCACCUAACCCGUAUGGUCAUGGAAAUGGUGCUGUUCAGUACCCAGCUUCCAGUACUUACGGCUCAGCUCAGAUUGGUGGCCCUCCCUCAUAUAACGGCGCUUCGAAUCAUAACCCAUAUGCUCACUUUGGACAACGUGUGGCGAUGAAUGGAUACGGAUACCAAACCAAUGGCCAGACCAAUAACAGCUAUCCAAACAACGCGACCUAUGGUGUAGCGAACACAAGUCAUACCUACCAGAAUAGUCAGUAUGGCUCCGCAAACGAUAACGGAUAUUAUCCACCUGGUCAGGCUUGGGUGGGACAGUACCAAGGUCAUAACCAGUAUGCUGUUCAAGCUCCUUACAUUCAACCCUCGAACAUCAACCGUGGCAAGUCUACCUACUAUGGUAGCGCGAAGCCCAACGCCGCUGCUCCUCCAUACCACCCAUCCAAUUUGACAACUGCUCCAGUCGUCAACGCCAAUUAUCAAAGUCGUCACCCUGAGAACGAAAACCACGAAAUCCAGGACGGCGGUGCUGUUCGACCUCCAUCCCGAGCACCUUCAAGAAUUAAUUCAACAAGUCCAACCAAGAGUAAGGCAUCCACAGUCGACUCCUCCGCCGAGCCAUCUUCUUCCCUCCGAUCUGGCUCCAUCGAAGAGAAGGUUUCAGGUCAGGGCAGCCCAACACCAGUUGCUCGCCGCCCACAAGAGUUCAGUUCAGAGCCUCGCAACAGCCGAACUCCAACUCUCAGAUCGAGACGUGGUCAGACGCUAGUCCCUUCUACUGACCCGAGUAGCAAGCAGGCCAUGGUCAAUUGGCUCGAGAACGUCUUCCCUACUCCGCCGCCCAAAAUGUCAAGUUUGGAGCUCUCGGCAGACUCGAAGCUCUCGGGCGGUGAUAUCCUUGCCCAGGCUGGCGUUACUCUACCAUCUAUUACUCCAGCUGGACUUGGUCUCCGUAGCGAUGCUGAUCCAUUUACUACCGCCAUUCAGCGUGUGACUCCGAUCAAGCCAGCUCUCAAUCCGUUUGCUCCGCUUCCACAGCACCUGAGUCCAUACACAGGGGGAAGUCUGUUGCAGAAGCCACCCGUCAGCGCUCCGCUGAGACGUCUGGCUGUCAACGGCAAGCCCGCAAUCUCCGAUGCUCUUGAGCCUGCUAACCUUCCCAUGGUUGAAUACUGCCGCCUAGCUAGAGAAGACACAUGGGGCGUCAUCAGAAUCAAGAACAUCCCGUACUCCGUCAAUCGACCUGAAGUUCUUGCCUUCCUCGGCCGCAACGCGCGGAUUAUCAGCGAGCAGGACUUCGAGCCCGUACACAUAGUUAUGGAGCGUGUUACCAGCAAGACAUUGGACUGCUAUGUCGAAUUCGUCAACUUCACCGAGGCUGUCAAUGCUGUCAAUCGUUUCGAGACAAAUCGGACUGGCGGCCGAGGCGGUAGACUGGGCCAGAGACAUGUGGAGGUUGAGUUGUCGUGCCAGGAACAGUUGAUGCAUGAUUUGUUCCCCAAGGCUAAGAAUGUUACUUGGUCGGGUUCGAGGCCGAUUAUCAAGCCGAAAGAUGAUAAUGAUAAGUACAAUUCUGGGUUCCAGGGUUUUAUCAUUAAGGAGGAAUUGGUCAUGCUGGUAAAGCAUGUGGAGGCUCCCCAGCGUGUGAGUACCGACCAAGAUUCGGUUGAAAGCGCGGUUGCUGACAUACUUAUGUAG